ACAGAACAAGGAGGCGCGGUCAAAACACAUCGCCAUGACAACCACUAAACAAAUGAAUGAAGAAGAAGAGCAAUCUCCUGACCUCUUCAAGUUAGUAGAGGAAGGAGACCUCAUCAAACUAACAGAGGUCUUAGAAGAAGGACAGCAGGAUCUAUCAGUCCGUAAUCGCUGGGAUAAGAGCAUACUGGAGAUUGCUGUCAUUCUAGGAAGAACAGAAAUUGUAAAACACUUGAUUACUAAAGGUGGGAAUGUAAACCAGGCCAACAAGAGAGGUUAUGCUGUUCUUCAUGUUGGUGCAAUGUGGGGUAAAAGGGAUUGUUUGGAGGCGCUGAUAGAGGCUGGAGCUGAUAUUAAUGCAGUCACUAAAUAUAAUGAGACUCCAAAGGACUCUGCUGCAAGAUAUGGGCACAAAGAGUGUGUGGAUCUAUUUGAAUCAACAGAGGCAAGAACAAUACUGCGUGAUGCUAUCACGCAAGCAAGAGAUCUCUUGUCGAAUCCUGAGAGAAUACUAGGCAAAUGGAAUAAAGAUGACAAGUCAAAAGUUACUGGAUUAUGUAAUGAGAAGACAGAUUGGCUGCAAAGAAGCAUAGAGGCACAGUCAAGCAAGGAGUCCAUACUACUCCAAGUUGAAGACUUUAAGCAACGCUUUGAUCCUUACUUUGGAAAAUUAGACCCACUCACAGAUUAAUGUUCAUUCUAUUAUGAAUACAUUAAUAAUACCAAUAAUAAAAAUCAUUUUAAAUUAGUAAUCUGCUUUAGCAAUACACAAUAAUCGUACAA